CCCCCGGGGAGCCAUGGAAUGUGGCAGGUCACGCACUUUCAUCGGCCAGUACUACCCGCCCUGCCCGGAGCCAGAGCUGACACUGGGCACGAGCAAGCACACUGAUCCUUCUUUCUUAACAAUUCUCCUACAGGACCUAGUUGGUGGCCUCCAGGUCCUGCAUGAAAAUCAGUACAUAAAUGUAGCACCCCUGCCUGGAAGUUUGGUAGUCAACAUUGGAGACAUGUUGCAGAUCAUUUCAAACGACGAGUUUAUAAGCGCAGAUCAUAGAGUUCUUGCCAACCGAGCAGGACCAAGAACUUCAGUUGCAGGCUUCUUCUCUGGUCCUGUUCUGCCCGGAAAGGUGUAUGGCCCAAUCAAAGAGCUGAUAUCAGAAAAACAUCCCCCUCGUUACAAGGAGUUUACAGCAGGGGAGUAUAUUUCCAAGUUUUUCGCGCGGCCAAUUGAUAAAUCCGGACUUGAUGAGUUCAGGUUGCGAGAGUCCGGACUAGUGACAACCGAAUGAUAAUUAUAAAUUCAUAUGUAUUUUGUAUCACCCUGUUGUAAUAUUCUGUCAUGCCCCAGCAUGGAUCGGCCAAUACGUAUUUGGAUCGGCCAGUGCCGAUUUGAUAUGAUUGUCCGAUUCUAUACAUUACCCGAAAUUGUUUGGUAUAUUCAAUAAUAUGAUGUUAUUAAAUAUUAUCGUUUGAAAUCGAUUAUAUCGCCGAUAA